AUGAUAGAUGAAUCAUUUCUUAUUGGAACACGUUGUUGGUUUCAUGAUGAUAAAGAAGCUUGGAUAUCAGCAGAAUACAAAGAACAUUCUCUUGAUGGGAGUGUUCUGAAUUUAAUUUUUUUGGAUGAUAAUGGAAAGGAACAUGUUGUUACAACAAAAGAAGAAAAUUUUAAGGCAAUGGAAAAUUUGUCAAUUCUUCAAUUACGGAAUCCACCCAUGCUUGAAGCAACAGAAGAUUUAACCAAUUUAUCUUAUUUGAAUGAGCCGUCUGGAAAUCCUACAUACAAUUAA